AUGGCUCCGGACAUGUACGCCAUGCCGCCGCGCUCACAUUCGGGCCCAGAUAUCUUCCAACCGGCGUCUAUGGAUAGCACAAUGAGCAUGUUCAACGACACAUCUACAGUGGAUACCCUGCGAUCGGAGACGACAGCUGCGUCGAGUAUCUCUUCCGGACAGUCUCCCAGGCUCGUGGACCUUUUGUUACCCGGUACAGAUCUGAGUGCCACGCCUCCGGAAUAUCUUAGCUUCCGGUCCCAGUAUCCAGAUUCUUUCUACCAGCCAGCGUUCACUCCCCAGCCACAGGAGUAUGCUGAAGAAGACGAGGAUAUUGAAGAGGUCGUGCGGCAACCGCCCUUUAACCCGGAUCAUGAAGCGUGGGUCAUGCGGUUGCCGUCCCCAAGCCCUUCGACUAGCUCAUCAUCCUCAGAUGAGUCCACCGUAGUAAUGAAGUCAGAUCCCUAUAGCAUGUUCCUUCAAGAGCCGCGGUUCUCAGCCGGAAGCCCAGAGAUGCUAACGCUAAGCUUCGACCGGCAAACGUGUGGCAUUCUGUCGAUCCGGGACGGGCCGACGGAAAAUCCAUGGAGGACUCUAAUAUGGCCACUUGCUCGAGAUAGCCCGGCACUCUUUCAUGCACUUGCCUCGAUGACUAGCUUUCACACCUCAAGAUACAACCCUCGGCUAAGGGUGGAGGGAAUAGACCAUAUGCGGAGUAGCAUCGAAGCGUUAGCAUCUGGUAUCCAAAACAUGAGGGUUGAGACGGCCAUCGCGACAACCUUGGCGCUCGCUUUCUCCGAGUCUUGGGACCAGCACAUCUCUACCGGCAUCAACCACAUCAAGGGCGCCAAGAUUCUUAUCACGAAAGCCUUGACACAGCAUCGGCGGUCUGCGUUCUGUGGGGAAGAGCUUACGCGGAUAAAAUUUCUGUGCAACUCGUGGAUAUACAUGGAUGUCAUAGCUCGGCUGACGUCGGUUGACGAUAACGAGUCCAACGACUUCGAGGUGGUCUCGUCGGUGCUGAGCGAGCCGUUCGAGAUGGAGUCGCAGCUGGAUCCUCUCAUGGGCGCCGCGUCUACCCUCUUCCCGGUGAUAGGGCGUGUUGCCAACUUGGUACGGCGGGUGAGGCGGUCCCCAAGCAACUCUCCGGCCAUCAUAUCGCAGGCCAUAGAGCUCAGAAUGAGGCUAGAAAGCUGGCAGCCACCCGACUUCUUCGAAGAUCCUGAGGAUCCAACCACAGAAGUUCAGCACAGCAUCCAGACGGCGGAAGCCUAUCGCUGGGCGACUCUGCUGUAUCUCCACCAAGCUGUGCCCGAGAUACCCUCGUUGUCGUCUUCAGAUCUCGCGAAAAAGGUUCUGGUCCUCUUGGCCACUGUCCCCAUGCGGUCCCGUGCAGUGGUCGUCCAGAUCUACCCGCUGACCGCUGCCGGCUGCGAGGCCGUCGGCGAAGAAGACCGGCAAUGGGUCCGAGAGCGGUGGCAGGCCAUGGCGCAGCGCAUGCAGCUAGGCAUCAUCGACAAGGCGUUCGACGUCGUCAAGGAGGUCUGGAAUCGGCGGGACGCCUACGAGGCAAUGCAGCAGGCUGUCUUGGCCUGCAAGACCAACUCGCUGAAGCGGGGGUUCAGCAUGCCGGAAGGCUUCGACGAGAGCAGCUUCGACUGGAUAAGCAACUUUGGUGGGGGGAAGAGGCGCGCUACUGCUGGUGCUUUUGAUCUGCCUAGGUCUGUUAGAUUGAACCCGCGGAAGACGUCGACGGAUCUUGCGACUGGGGAGGUUGAUUACGAGUUUACCAUCAAGGGCCGGUUGCAUUGGCUCGGCGUCAUGAGGGAUUGGGGUUGGGAAGUGCUUCUGGGAUGA